UGCAAUUUUUCAAACCUCUUGCUUUCCUGAUGGUCGUCCUGAGGGCCGUGGUGGACAUGAAUCAGUCCAAGUAGAAGAUAAAUUAUACUUCAUGGGUGGCUCUCGUUUAAUCCCAUCAUCAAAUCCAAAACAAUAUAACUUAUCAGAUGAAAUGUUUUACUUAGAUCUUUCAACACAAUUUGAUACUGAAAAUCCACCAUUUACAGAUCUUACCGAUGUUACUUCACGAAUGCUUUAUGGAAACGAAAAAGGUGCUGCAGUUCUUGGGGGACUUAAUAAAUCUAAUAUAUAUUUAAUCGGUGGAACACAGGUGAAUCUAUCUACCAUAAAUUGGAAUGUUACGAACCAAAUAAUAAAUUGGAACGUAACAGACCAAUUUAUUUACAUUUAUAAAACCAAAACUGUCUCUUUAGGAUGGGGAAAUCUUGAACAGGGAGUUAAAGGAACUCAACCUUCAAGACGUAGAUCAACUUCGACAGUGAUAAACUCCAAUGGAACAAUUUAUAUAUUUGGUGGGAGAGUAGAACUAGAUAUGGGGUCAAGCACCCUUAUAUUAUAUAAUGAUUUGUAUCAAUUUGAUACAAUUUUAUUAUCUUGGAAUCAAAUAAUAGCACCAAAUGCACCUUCACCCCGAAGCCAUAGCACCGCAACAUUGCUUCCGGGUGGAAAAAUCAUUUAUAUUGGCGGCGUCUCUCAGGAUACUCCUGGAAGUCAAACUAAUUUACUUAACAUGUUAGAGACUGCAAGCUCUUCAUUUUUAAUACAACCUCGAGUUGGUCAUUCAUCAGUAUUAACUCCAGAUAAUAAUUCAAUUAUAAUAAUGGGCGGGACUUCAAGUUAUCAAUUAAAUCAAACAACAGUUUUUCCAAGGAAUAUAACGAAUAAUGUAACUGAUUCAAAUGAAACCAGUUCAAAGAUUUAUUUAUUAUACAUUCCAUGCUUUACUUGGGAAUCUACUUUUACUCCUGGUAGAUCUGACUGUAAGGAUACCCAUCCUGAAGAUAAAAAGAAUAAUUAUGGUUUAUACGCAGUAAAGGAAGGUGGAAAAAUAAGACUUUGA